GUAGUUUUUUUUCUCGGGACAGUAGAGGCCGUGUAGCGUCACCGUUACUCUGAGGAGAGAACAGUCGGUAGAGGGGUGCAAAAAUGCAGAGCAAUAAAACCUUUAACUUGGAGAAGCAAAACCAUACUCCAAGGAAGCAUCAUCAGCAUCACCACCAGCAGCACCACCAACAGCAACAGCCACCACUGCCACCAAUACCUGCAAAUGGGCAACAAGCCAGCAGCCAAAAUGAAGGCUUGACUAUUGACCUGAAGAAUUUUAGGAAACCAGGAGAGAAGACCUUCACCCAACGUAGCCGGCUCUUUGUGGGCAAUCUUCCUCCUGACAUCACUGAGGAGGAGAUGAGGAAACUAUUUGAGAAAUAUGGGAAGGCAGGCAAAGUCUUCAUUCAUAAGGAUAAGGGCUUUGGCUUUAUCUGCUUGGAAACGCGAACCCUAGCAGAGAUUGCCAAAGUAGAGCUGGACAACAUGCCACUUCGUGGAAAGCAGCUGCGUGUGCGCUUUGCCUGCCAUAGUGCAUCGCUCACAGUCCGAAACCUUCCUCAGUAUGUUUCUAACGAACUGCUGGAGGAAGCUUUUUCUGUGUUAGGCCAAGUGGAAAGGGCUGUAGUCAUCGUGGAUGAUAGAGGAAGGCCCUCAGGAAAAGGCAUUGUUGAAUUCUCAGGGAAGCCAGCUGCUUGGAAAGCUCUGGACAGGUGCAGUGAAGGCUCCUUCUUGUUAACCACAUUUCCUCGGCCUGUGACUGUGGAGCCCAUGGACCAGUUGGAUGAUGAAGAGGGACUUCCAGAGAAGCUGGUUAUAAAGAACCAGCAAUUUCAUAAGGAGCGAGAACAGCCACCCAGAUUUGCACAGCCUGGCUCCUUUGAGUAUGAGUAUGCCAUGCGCUGGAAGGCACUCAUUGAGAUGGAGAAGCAGCAGCAGGACCAAGUGGACCGCAACAUCAAGGAAGCUCGUGAGAAGCUGGAGAUGGAGAUGGAGGCUGCUCGCCAUGAGCACCAAGUCAUGUUAAUGAGACAGGAUUUGAUGAGGCAUCAAGAAGAACUCCGGAGGAUGGAAGAGCUGCACAACCAAGAAGUGCAAAAACGAAAGCAACUGGAGCUCAGGCGGGAGGAAGAGCGCAGGCGCCGUGAAGAAGAGAUGCGGCGGCAACAGGAAGGAUUCAAGGGAACAUUCCCUGAUGCGAGAGAACAGGAGAUACGGAUGGGCCAGAUGGCCAUGGGAGGUGCUAUGGGCAUAAACAACAGAGGCGCCAUGCCCCCUGCUCCAGUGCCAGCUGGUACCCCAGCUCCUCCAGGACCUGCCACUAUGAUGCCAGAUGGAACCUUGGGAUUGACCCCACCAACAACUGAACGCUUUGGCCAGGCUGCUACCAUGGAAGGAAUUGGGGCCAUUGGUGGAACCCCUCCUGCGUUCAACUGUGCAGCUCCUGGAGCUGAAUUUGCUCCAAACAAACGUCGCCGAUACUAAUAAAAAUUUCACUGUCUAGUUUCCCAAAAAUCCUCAAAAGAAAGACCCUUUUUGGACUAGCCAGAAUUCUGCCCUGGAAAAAGUGUUAGGGAUUCCUCCCAAUAGUUAGGUCUUCCUUGCCUGUACUACUCUAAGGGAGUAUGCUGGAGGCUGAGGGCAAGGGAGGGGCGAUAAAAUUUAAC